AACAGAUUUCCCCGGGGUGUGCGUGCGAGGGUUGGACCCUAGCCAAGCGCAAGACAAACCCAAUUGCUGUCAGUUGCAAAUCAUGAGGCGAGGCAUGCGGCAUAUUGUGUGCCAGGCGCUGCUGCUGCUGCAGCUGACGACGUCGACUACCUCAAGGCUGGACACUUUGGCGCUGGCUGUGGCCCAGGUGCUGCACCAGUCGGAGAUGUCACGCUGCCAGACACUUUACGUCCACAUGGAGUACAGCGCGCUGUCGGCGCGGCCGCAGCUGCUCGAGCUGCUGGCACGUUUGUUGCACGCGCUGCCGGCCGCAACAAUGCAGCCGCGCUGCCUGUACCAGCAACGCCCCAUGGAGUACAGGCCGUACGGGCAUGCUGUGCUGCUGCUGGUGGAUGACAUGCGAGCCCUGCGCCGCCUUUACGCUGAGCUGGGCGCCACCGGCAAUCUGGCCUAUACGCUCGUCUAUAUGCUGGAGCCGCAGCCGACGCUGGCCAUGCAGUUGAUGUGGAGCCGGAGCGUGUUGAAUGUCGGCUUGCUGCUGCCGGACAGCCAGCAGCUGUUGUUGCUCAGCUACUUUCCGUACGCUGCUGACGCUGAUGGCUGUCGCCGGAUACGCGCCAGUGUUGUGAAUCGUUUUGUAACCGGCCUGGGACGCUGGGCGAGCGCUGUGUAUUUUCCCGCCAAACUGGACAAUUUCUUUGGCUGCACUCUGACCUGCGCCACGUGGCCGGACAUGCCGUAUCUGGUACGGCGCGCGGAUGGCUCCUUCCUAGGCAUCGAGGGCGCUCUGCUCCAGUUUAUGGCCGACAAUUUGAACUUCAAAGUGGGCCUCUACUGGCUGAACGAGUCCCAGGUGCGCGAUACCUUCAAUGAGUCCGGCUGGGUGUUCGAACAGAUCUUUAGUAUGGCUGAGUAUGCUUUGGGCGGCUUUCACUACAAGCCCAACGAGCGGGGUGAGGUGCUCUAUUCCCAGUCGACGUACUACUUCAUGAGCCACAUCAUGUUGGUCACAAAUCUGCCCUCAGCUUACUCGGCCUACGAGAAGUUGGCCUUUCCCUUUCAUCCGUUUCUCUGGCAGGCCAUAUGCGUGCUGUUGGCGCUGAGCUGCCUCUCGCUCUGGCUGCUUCAGCGAUUCUGGAAACAGUUGCCACAGCAUCCGUAUUACCAGCUGCUGGUGCUGACCAUGGGCGGAAAUCUGUUGCCCAGAGAGCUGCCGCAGCGCAGCGCAUGCCGCUUGCUGUUGAUCAUCUGGCUGCUAUGUGCCUGGGUGCUGCGCAGCGCCUACCAGUCGGGCAUGUAUCAGCUGCUGCGCCAGGAUACGCAACGCAAUCCGCCCCAGACAAUUGCCGAGGUGCUCGCGCAGCGCUACACGAUCCAGCUGGUGGCGGGCAAUGCGGAACGCUGGCUGGAAAGCUUGCCGGAGCUGCGCGCCCAGCCGCUGCGCCAGCUGGAGGCCAGCGAGCUGCAAUCGUUCGCCGGCCUGGCCGCACAAAGCGGCAGCGAUGAGCGCGUGGCCAUCAUCACGCCCUACGAGUACUUUGGCUACUUUCGCAAAGUGCAUCCGAUGAGUCGGCGUCUGCAUUUGGUGCGGGAGCGCAUCUUCACCCAGCAGCUGGCCUUCAACGUGCGCCGGCACUCGCAUCUCGUCGGCGUGCUCAACAGACAGAUAAUGCGUGCCCAUGCCCAUGGCUUCCUGGAGCACUGGACGCGUCAAUAUGUCAGCGCCGUCGAUGAAUCGGACGAGAGCAUCGCACGCAUUGCCGCAAUACCCUACGAAACUGUCAACGGCCAGCAGCCGGAGGGCGAACUGCGCCUGAGGGAGGAUGAGCCAGUGUCGGCCAAAUUGUUGGUGCUCUCCUUCAAGGAGCUGGCCGCCCUAUUCUGGCUAACCCUGUGGGCCCUGCUGUGCGCCAUACUUGUGUUUGGCCUCGAACUGUUGCUGCAUAAAUAA